UCAUCGAUUCAAACCGCCUUGUACCAAACAAACUUGUUUCAACUUCAAAAAAAUGGUAGUACGAGCUGGUGCUGGUAGCGGAGGUCAUCGUGGCGGUCUUCCCAUCAUCAAGUCUCUUGCCACUCAAAUUAUCACUGGCCCAUGGUUCAUGUUCUUCGCCUCGCUCCUCAUUUCAUCCACUACGGGUGCCGCACAAAUGUUCGGCCUCUAUUCCGGCGACAUGAAGAAUGUCCUAGGGUACAACCAGACCACCAUCAACCUUCUCAGUUUCUUCAAGGACCUCAGUACUACCGGCAUCCUUGCCGGAUUAAUAGCCGAGGUAACCCCUCUGUGGUUCGUGCUCUUCGAUGGUGCAGUGUUAAAUUUCUUCGGCUUCUUCAUGAUCUGGCUCGCCAUGACGAAAAGAAUCCCACCACCGUCGGUCUGGCAAAUGUGUCUAUAUAUCUGCAUUGGCUCCAAUGCUAGGGCGUUCCCCGACACUGGAUGUUCAGUCACGAGCGUAAAGAAUUUUCCGCGGAGCCGCGGUGUCAUUUUGGGGAUUCUUAAGGCUUAUUACGGCCUCAGCGCGGCAAUAAUAACACAUUUGUACCAAGCUCUUUACGGCGAUGACUCUAAAGAGUUGAUUUUGCUGAUUGGGUGGUUACCGGCGAUCAUAACGUUGGUUUUUGUUCGGACUGUCAGGAUCAUGAAGGCGAGCCGUCAGGGUCAGGCUAACGAUUUGAAGGUGUUUUACAAGUUUUUUUACGUUUCUCUCUGCCUGGCUGCGUUUUUGAUGAUUAUAAUCGUGGUGGAGAAGAAGGUGACUUUCACUCAGGGAGAAUACGGUGGAGCUGCAGCCGUGGUUCUUAUUUUGCUGUUUUUCCCGAUUGUGAUUGUAAUUGCGGAGGAGUUGAAGGUCUGGAAAGCCGAACAAGCCAUCCUGGACGAUCCUUCUCCUAUGGAAGUAAUCACAGAGACGCCGACCCCAGAAACGGUAGCAUCGUUACACCAACCCGCAUCAUCGUCCGAAGCCGUUGAAGCAAAGGUUGAUCAAGAUCAAGCAAAUGUUUCAUGCUGGAAAACUGCUUUCCAACGACCCAAUAGAGGGGAAGACUACACCAUUCUACAGGCACUUCUUAGUAUUGACAUGUUACUCCUCAUCUUGGUCACAAUAUGCACUGUUGGAGGAACUUCAACUGCCAUAAAUAACUUAGGACAAAUCGGAGCCUCCCAGGGGUACCCCAAGCGAAGCAUGAGCACAUUUGUUUCCCUCGUGAGUAUAUGGAACUAUCUCGGUCGAGUCACAACGGGUUUCGUCUCCGACAUCAUUUUGUCAAAGUACAAAUUCUCCCGCCCUCUGUUGCUCGCCCUCAUCACGUUCCUCUCCUGCCUCGGUUACCUCCUGAUUGCCUUUAACAUCUCCGGCAGCCUUUAUGUUGCAUCCGUAAUCAUUGGAUUCUCUUUAGGGGCAGAAUCUUCGUUAAUUACAGUGAUAAUUUCUGACAUUUUCGGACUCAAAUACUAUUCCACACUGUACAAUUUCAGAAAUUUGGCAAGUCCAAUUGGGACCUACAUCCUUAAUGUGAAGGUGGCCGGAAAUUUGUACGACAAGGAGGGCAUGAAGCAAAUGUUAACGCAGGGAAUCACGAGGAAGCCCGGGGAGGACUUGAACUGCACCGGAACUGAGUGCUUCAAACUAACCUUUUUAAUAAUCGCAGGGGCAACAUUGUUUGGUGCGAUUGUUACGUUUAUUCUUGGGCUUAGGACUAGAAAGUUUUACAAGUCUGACCUUUACAAAAAGUUCAGAGAAGGGCAGAAUGAGAGCGAGGCCGAGAUGGCAACUGCUGGAAAUGGUGCUGUGGCAGCGGUGGAAGCUCCCAAAACGGGCUAGAAGGAUGUCAUAUCUUUUAAUUCCAUUCUUCUCUCGUUCGUUUUCUUUAAACUAAACAUACUCUUAAAAG